UGUCUCACCAAAGCCCACUCCACAUUCUCCUUCUCCCUCCUUCCCUUAUUAUGGUAGUACUAGGGUAAAAGAAAAGUACUAGGGCGGAGCUAGAGAAUCAAUAAACUUCAGAAAGUUUUAGAGAGUGCAGUAGCAGUAGUAAUCAAUGGAGCAUUACAUGGAUGAGAAAUGGAAGCUGUCCAGGGAUGAUCCGAAUAACCAUUCAUAUUCAUCCUCCUCCAAGUCAUAUCUGAGAAAAAGUGUAUCACAGAAGAGCUCCACCACCAAGUCUCCUCUUGCACGGAGUUCAUCACAGAAAAAUUCUUCCGUUAGGCCUCCACUGUCAAGAAGUUCUUCGCAGAGGAGCUCUCCCACCAAGUCUUCUCUCUCGAGGAGCUCAUCAAAAAGGUGUUCAGAAUUCACUCGCAAGUGUAGCAGCAUGGCCAAAGAGCAGAGGGCAAAGUUUUACAUCGUAAAGCGCUGCAUUGCGAUGCUCCUCCGCUGGAACAAGAAUGGAGAUUCAUGAAAACAAACUGAUUGAGAUAAAUGUGAUCUUGGGUUCAUUUAUAUAUGUAACCCAAAGAAGUUUUUCAGCCAUCCACAGAAUCAACAUCAUACUAGUAAAUUUUCCUGCUUGCUUAAUCUAUCUCUUCCUAGAUCAGAACGCAACUCUAAGUCGGUAAGCAAUGAGCAUUCAAAUGUUGCGCAUUGUGGCAAGAUGUAACAUAUUUUGUAGAUUUUGAUUAAACUGAAUUAGCCUUUUUAUUCCGUGUCACAUGGUCUGUCCGGCUGGCAAGCCGUAUGUGACCAUCUUUUUUCCUAGUUUUUAAUAGAAAAUUGCGUUAAUCAUCAAUACGCAUUUUUAGUAGCAUGUAUCUUAGUGAAAAAAGAUUCCCCUACAGCGGCUGGAACUAGCAAUCAUAGGAAGAUAUAAAUUAUAUACCUGGGGAAUCCGCAAUGCGUGCUCCUUCCAGAAAGGUCAGACUGGGGAUCUGCAAUGUGAUACCACCACCAGAGCAUGUGAUGACGAAAAUGAAAACUUGGUUAUUGUAUUUUAGUGCUAUAAUAAUAUAGCCCCUCAGUUUUUGCAGUACGAGUUUUGGAAACUAGCAAGUGUGGGUGCAUGGUGUUGUGCGGAGAACUGAAGAGAUGACUAGUGGCUAUUUAGAGUAUUUUUGGGA